AUGGAUUCUAUACAAGAAGUAGACGAACAGAGAGAGGCUGAGCUUAUUACGGAGGUGCCUGAAGCAAUCAGCGAUGGUGAGGAUUCUGAUGAUAAUGAUAAUGAUGACGAUCCUGUCGGACUUUUCGAGGAGGAGUUUGUAAAGGCGAGUCAACUUUCUCGUCCUUCUAUAGUGGUGAGUGGGCGGGAGCGACAACGAAGUGAGUCAGUUGACAGUGAAGAUGAGAGUAGUCCCCCUCUUCCUCUUUGUGGAGAUGAGAGUGGCACUCAAAAGCGCCCUGGAUUAAGAGAAGCAAGGAAGCGUGGUAAACCUAAUGAUGCUCAAUUUGUAUUGUAUUAA